AUGAGCAGUAAAUGGCUAUGUCAGAGCAUAGAGACAAAGGCACUGGGUGGAAGAUACAGCUACAAGUUCUGCGGCAUAGAAAUGGUGGCUUCGAGUAAUGAUGACUACGGGGACAGGAGUGAUGAGGUGGGCUGUGUUCACUCUUGCUUUGAUGACCAGUUCAGAUGUCCCAGUGGCCGGUGUAUCCCGGGGCAUUGGGCCUGUGAUGGUGACAGUGACUGUGGAGACUUCAGUGAUGAAACACAAGUCAACUGCACCAAAUCGGACGUUCACUCUCCGGCUGGCUGCACUGGGAAUGAAUUUCAGUGCCGCCCUGAUGGAAACUGCAUCCCGGAUCUGUGGCGCUGUGAUGGAGAAAAAGAUUGUGAAGAUGGCAGUGACGAAAAGGGCUGUAACGGGACCGUCCGACUGUGUGACCACAAAACCAAGUUUUCCUGCAGGAGUCCAGGGAGAUGCAUCAACAAUGCCUGGGUCUGUGAUAGAGAUGUUGACUGUGAGGAUCAGUCUGAUGAAGAAGACUGUGACAGUUUCUUGUGUGGACCACCCAAGUACCCUUGUGCUAAUGACACCUCCGUGUGCCUGCAGCCAGAGAAACUCUGCAAUGGGAGAAGGGACUGUCCAGAUGGGUCAGAUGAAGGCGACCUUUGCGAUGAAUGUUCUCUGAACAAUGGAGGUUGUAGCAACCACUGUUCUGUUGUUCCUGGAAGAGGAAUUGUCUGCUCCUGCCCAGAAGGACAUCAGCUCAAGAAAGACAACAGAACCUGUGAAAUUGUGGACUACUGUGCCUCCCACCAGAGGUGCAGCCAAGUGUGUGGGCAGCACAAGCACAUGGUCAAGUGCUCCUGUUACAAAGGCUGGACACUGGGUACAGAUGGGGAAAGCUGCACCAGUGUGGGUGAGUAGAUACUGCAAACCAUGAAAACAAACCCCCAAACACCUUGAAAACUUUUAAUGGAAGGAUUCCAUUUAUUCUCUAUAUAGCCUUUAAAAGUUAUGUCACUUUUAAGCUGUUCCAAUACCUCUGGAAAAGAUGUGUUAUAACAUACCUUCCAAUUAUAGUUCUCUGACCCUUAGCCAUCUGAUCACUACCACUCUUCUAACCGGU